AAAACACGGGAGCCAGCAAACAACGCUUGUCCCCCACGCCGUCUAAAUUCACCACCGUCCUCCGCCGUGCACGUGCUUUCAUCCCAUUCAAAACACUCACUCUUCGAAUCUCUCUCUCUCUCACCUUCAACUUCACACACAUUACAUUUCACACUCUAACAAACACACACAUUUUUUUUUCACUAACACAAGACCUAUACAUACAUAAAAAUCUGUAUCUAUAUCUCCGUCCAUCAUAGAAUGUAGUAAACCGUAUAGUACACAAACAAUGCACGCUAAAAACCGCCUCCCUAACAGCGGACACAACACACCGUCACCGCCUUCAUCACCACUCCGAUCACCACGUCUCCGUCAUAACCGCGCCGGAAAAUCAGGUUCCACCGGAAAAUUCGCUCUCGGCAGCGUAUCUAACCGUUCAGUUGCACAACGUGUUGCGUGGAUCGUAUUAUCUGUACUUUUAAGGCGGCAAGGAGUGUUUUUAUUCGCUCCGUUGCUAUAUAUAUCAGGUAUGUUGUUUUAUAUGGGAACGGUGUCGUUUGAUGUUGUUCCUGAUGUAAUUAGAGCAGCUAGAAGAGCUCCGGGAUCGGUUUAUAGAAGUCCUGAACUUUAUAAUAAGCUCCGUCAUGAAAUGGAUGCUGAUAAUUCGACUUCCGAUGCGAUGUCAACCAUAUGGAAACAUGCUAAGAGUGCAGACUGGAAGCCUUGUAUAAACAAAGCUUCAGGAGGGUUGCCGGAGUCGAAUGGUUACAUAUAUGUUGAGGCAAAUGGUGGCUUAAAUCAGCAGAGGACUUCGAUUUGCAAUGCAGUUGCUGUGGCUGGAUAUCUCAAUGCAACACUUGUCAUUCCCAAUUUUCAUUUUCAUAGUAUCUGGAGAGAUCCUAGCAAAUUCAAUGACAUAUACGAUGAAGAGUUUUUUGUUAAAACUUUGGAAAGUCAUGUGCGGGUGGUUGACACAGUACCAGGAUACCUAAUGGAAAGAUUUGACCGCAAUUUGACCAAUGUAUUCAACUUCAGAAUAAAGGCCUGGGCACCAAUUCAGUACUACAAGGAUACAGUUCUUCCAAGGCUGCUUGAAGAAAAGUUCAUACGGAUUUCUCCAUUUGCAAAUAGAUUAUCUUUUGAUGCUCCUCCCGAGGUCCAACGACUUCGAUGUUUGGCAAAUUAUGAAGCUUUAAGGUUUUCCACUCCUUUAUUGACAAUGGGUGAAACAUUAGUUUCAAGAAUGAAAGAACGUAGUGCGAAUAAUGGUGGCAAGUACAUUUCUGUUCAUCUACGCUUUGAGGAGGACAUGGUUGCUUUUUCUUGCUGUGUAUAUGAUGGAGGAUCGAAAGAGCGGGAAGAUAUGAUAGCUGCAAGGGAGAGGGGUUGGAAAGGUAAAUUUACAAAGCCUGGUAGAGUUAUAAAACCUGGAGCCAUUAGAGUAAAUGGAAAAUGUCCCCUCACACCUUUAGAGGUUGGCUUGAUGCUUAGAGGAAUGGGAUUUGAUAAAAGUACAUCUAUAUUUCUAGCCUCUGGAAGGAUAUAUGACUCCGAGAGGCAUAUGGCUCCUCUUCUAGAAAUGUUUCCUCUUUUGCAAACCAAGGAGAUGCUUGCAUCUGCUGAGGAACUUUCCCCAUUUAUGAACUAUUCUUCCAGGAUGGCUGCUAUAGAUUACACCGUAUGUCUUCAUAGUGAAGUGUUUGUGACUACUCAAGGGGGAAACUUCCCUCAUUUUUUGCUGGGCCAUAGAAGAUAUCUGUUUAAUGGACAUUCCAAAACAAUCAGACCUGACAAACGGAAGUUGGCAGUAUAUUUCGAUAACCCCAAGAUCGGCUGGAAAACAUUCAAAAGGCACAUGUUAAGCAUGCGAGCCCAUAGUGACUCUAAAGGAAUUGAACUGAAAAGGCCAAAUGACUCCAUAUAUUCAUUCCCAUGUCCCAAUUGCAUGUGCCAUGCAAAUAAAACCGAAGAUUCAAGAGCAGCAUCCGCAGCAUGAUUCUAGAAUUGACUAGAUCAAAUGGGUGCACAUUUUGUGAGCUAACAUUGAAAAUUCUUUAUUUUUUCCCUCCCCGAGCUUGAACGAUCAGCGUCUGCAUCUGGAGCUUCAACAGUGAUUAAGAAAGAUGGAAGUUGCAUGAUGUACACUGGAACAACUGGACAUCAACUUGCACAUAAUUCCAGAAUGAGGAAAGGUUGUCAUUUUGACCUGGUGAUCAUCGUGCAGAUACUGUAUCGAAUGAGCUGGAUUGCAAAUAUGUUUAACACCUGGUUUUUGAUUUUCUUAGUUUGUGUACAAUGUAAAAUUGAUUGUCAGUUACAUUUUAAAAUUAUAGCAAACAGUUCUCGACA